AUGGGACAAUUAGAGAGUGUAUAUAUUGAGGGUAUUGAUGAUAUUGAUAAUGACAGUAUUUUACAUGGAGACUUGACAGUUGAGCGUGUGGCGAAGAUAAUAAAAAAUGGAGAAGUGAAAAACAUCGUUGUGAUGUCUGGUGCUGGUAUUUCUGUUUCUGCAGGGAUUCCGGACUUUCGAUCUCCAGGAACGGGACUGUAUUAUAAUUUAGAGAAAUAUAAACUGCCAACUCCAGAAUCAAUGUUUGAUAUUGAUUUCUUCCGGGAACAUCCGGAAUGUUUCUAUUCUUUUGUGAUGGACCUUUUUCCAGAACAAUACUUACCUACCUAUACACACUACUUCAUAAAACUACUAAACAAGAAGGGAAUUCUGCUAAGGAAUUAUACUCAAAACAUUGAUGGUCUUGAAAGGCAAGCCGAGAUUCCCGAGAGUCGUUUGGUCGAAUCGCACGGCACGAUGGCUACAUGCUCUUGUAUUGAGUGUAAAAAGCCGCAAAAGACUGAGUGGUUCAAAAAGCAGAUCCUUUCAAAUACAACUCCCCGCUGUAAGUGUGGCGGCCUCGUAAAGCCCGAUAUCGUCUUUUUUAACGAGCCGCUUCCCCAAAAAUUCAACUGGAUGUCGACCGCAGACAUGGUAACCUGCGAUUUGCUGAUCGUGAUCGGCACUUCUCUUACCGUCCAGCCCUUUGCAGGUCUGGUUCACAAGGUGAAAGAGAACGUGCCUCGAAUGCUCAUCAACCGCGAGCCGGUCGGUCCGUUCCGGUUCUAUCAGAUGGACUGCUGCUUUCGCGAUGUGGUGUAUCUGGGGGACUGUGAUGAAGGAGUGAAGAAGCUGUGCGAUCUGAUCGGGUGGAGGAGUGAGCUGGAGGAGUUGUACUCGAAGGGACGGCAGAAGUUGAUGGGGCAGCAGAGCAAGUUCUUGAAAUUGAAGAUGGAGAGAAGGAAUCAAAGCGGGGAGGUGGCCAAGGAAGAGGGGUAG